ACCGGACAUGAGUUUACCGAUCUUGAUCUCACUCAAGAAAAGAGACGCUAAUCUUUUCCUAACGGCAGUCGGUCCGGUCGGUCGGCAGUUCACUCAUGUACAAACAUCUUCAUUUAUGUCUAUGUCAUGCGAUGUGACGAUACGUUCGCUCCAAUGAUGACGGCUGAUCGUGUCGACGCUUCUUUUACAUUGAAAAAGGAAGAGUAUGUCUGCAACGACAGCGACAGCGACAGCGACAGUGACAAUAUCUCAUCUAUGCCCUUACCGUCGCUCUCUAGAAAUCAUUCCGUCAUUGUUGACGAAUCCAACAAUGACUUUUUACGUCUCUCUACAAUGGUCCGGACUGUAUAUUGGUCUUAUCUUCACAAGUGCUUACUUAGUAAUUAUGCAACUUGUUGCAAACAAAGUGAUGCCGACACAUCAAGCAUCCAAGUGAAAAAGUAUACGGACCAAAUGGAGCUGCAUGCUGUCCAGUUGGCGUUGGAAGCUAGUCUAUACAGACGAAAUAUGCUGAGAAUGAUUGCAGAUGUCAAGUCGCAUACAGUCAACAAGAAGGUGUAUAAGAAAUUGGUCAUAUUUUUAGAAACACCUAAUGACAGAAUUGACAUUGGCAUACAAACAGAUGACACGUCGAUGGACUUGGAAGGGACAAAUGUGUCGCCGUCGCAAGUUAACAAUUUCGGCGAAAGCAGAAACGCCACGAAAGAUUCUUGCGACGAGACGGAUACGCAUAGCGUUGCGAAAGAAGAAUCUAACGAAGCUAGUCAAGCAUUUGAGAGUCGGAUCGAUUCGAAUACCAUCGGAAAUGAAGAUGAACAUUCCCAAGACUCCUUGUUACAACAUAUGGAGGAUAUGUUUUGCGAAAGCGACGAUAGUAGUGAUCUCACGAGAUUAAUUGAGAAACAUUCUGGUGUUACUAAAGCAAAUAUCGAUAAGGAAAUCAACAAGAUAUGCUUGGAAGCGGACAUUAUUGCGAGCUCCAACCUUUUUGGUGUUCCAGUAGGUAAUAGUGUUUCGAAUGUACCAGCAAAGGCAAAUACAAGUGAAGGGAAAAUUAGCUUUAGUCGCUAUAAGGAAAUGCAAAGGAGAUCCAUUAAAUCGAAUUCAUUAAAUGAGACGCUAUCGACAGAGAGCAAGCAAAAGCAGAAAGCAAAUGCUAUUUGGUUUGUCGAGCGUGUGCAUCAAGUUUCGAAAUUAAAAACUAAGAUGACCGAGUUAUCGCUCACUAAUUAUCGAAGAUAUGGUAGAGUAAAGGAUAAGUUUCUUCAUCUAUUUGGGGAGUUUGAGGAAGACGAAAUGAUGCCGGAUUCACCGAUCUGUAUAGAGGAACAUUUACCGGCUUGCAAAGAAAGAAUUGCACCUUGGAUUGUCAAGUACUUGAUGCCAUUCUACAAAAAGAGAAGAAUUAAAAACCGUCAGCUUUUCAAAGCUGUCGCAAAGUACAUCACAGAUAAGCUUAUUAUAGAGAAUACAUUUCCAGAACAAGAGUGCGUAAGUAAGUAUAUAGAAGGUUACUUCAGGAACAAGAAAUUUAUUAAGACUAAACAGGAUAUAUAUCUAUAAAAGAAUCUCUAGAUAUUUAUUUAGACUUGUGCAACGUAAACAGGGUUGGGUAAGUUACUUGAUAAAAGUUUCUACGGUUACACUUUUUUCUUUUCGCUAAAAAUCCAACUAGUUAUCGAGCAAAUGUAACCGAGUUAAGUUACAGUUACCAAAAAAAGUAACCCAAUCCUGAACAUAAAUUAGUGAAAUGUAGAAAUUACACUAAUAUAGAGACCAUUAUUGUCUUGCCCAACAUUUUUCAUGUAUCAAUUGUGCAUUACACAAUCAAUAUAUGAAUUAUACAUGUGUGUACGACAGUGUAAAUAUUCAUGAAUAAAACAAAUUCUGCCAUCAUCUA